AUGUAUACAAUGCAGAGUUGGACGUGUAUUUUUCUUGUCAUUUGCAGUAUGCAGAGCGUGUGUCAUUGCUGUGACUGGAUCCGACACCACUACGGCCACUUGAGCGCAGAAUACCUUUCACUGCUGGACCAGAUGGGAGGAGAUAUCACAGAGCAGGAUGCCCCUGUCUUUUUCCCCGAAUCACUUUACGGACGCAUUGAGCUUGCCGAGUUUGAGGACAAAGUCAGAUUCCGGAACGAGACCAUCUAUCAAAUCACAAAACUGUUUGAUGGGAAUAUGAAAUCUGUCACAUGGGACAAGAAAAACCUGGACGAUUUCCUCAACAUUCUAGAACGCCAAUUGGAGAACCUUAAUUCCUGUGUAUCACCUGCCAAGAUACCUGAGAGGAGACUGAAACGCUACUUCAAGAAGUUGAAUAGGAUGGUUCUGAGAAAAAUGAACUACAGUGCACUGGCAUGGGAGCUCAUCAGGAAAGAGACGAAACAUCAUCUGGAAAGAUUGGAUAUUUUUCAGGCAAAGAUUCACUGA